AGUAAGGGCUCUUCCGGAUGAGUCAUGUUGUUUUGUCAAAAUAAAAAUAUUUCAACUGAAAUGAGUUAGAUAUUUAAAUAAUGGCAGAGGGUGGAAAGUCAGAAAAUGCUAAAAAUACUCUGCCGAUUCGCGGGAAAGUAAGACAAGUACGACAAGAGUGGGCAGUGUACGAGGAUGGGGCAUUUGCUCAUCAACUGCAGAAUGAAGAAAUUGAUCGUCAUUAUGGAUUGAACCGCUUCAAUCGACGGACUGUACGUGAAGACAUUCCAUUAGCUAAAGUCGUACAGUCUGACGAGGAAUUGCGGCUUCAAAAUGAAAGAUUCCAGGAGUUACAGGCCCUAAGAGCGCAGGCCGAGGAAGAUGAAAAAGUUGCUAAGAGAUUAAUGGAACAAGAACAGUUACAGAAUCAGGCCAGUAAAAUGGCUAUUGAACUCACAGAUGAGCAUAUUGCCAAAGAGUUGAUGGAGCAGGACCAAUUACAGAAUGAGGCACGAAAAAUGGCAAGGGAACUAACUGAUGAGGAAUAUGCCAAGGCAAUACAAGAGAAAGAAAAACAAAAAUACGAAAGACACUUAGAAAAGAAAAAGUUGCAAAAAUUAAAAAAGGAACGAGAAAAGAUUGAGAAAACACAGGCUCAGAGGACCGAAGAGGCCAGGCUGAAUGUUAGAGGGAGUACGGAAGAUCUAGAUGAUCGUAUGGCGGAGAUGAAUGUACAGAAUGGGGGGGUAGCUAUGAGGUAUAAUACCAGGGUGACUCCAGGUGGUAAGAUUGAGGAUGAUGGUGAUUUCUCAGAUUUUUACUGUCUACCAGAAAAUGUAGACCCUGCCCAGAGACAAGUACUGCAAGAAAUGCAGGACGAGGAAUUGGCAAGACUUCUACAGGAACAAGAACAUAAGAGAUCAAAGGCUGAAGUGGACAAAGAUAAGCUGAGAGAGAUAGAGGAGCAGGAUAAAAGACUGGCACAAAUUAUAGAAGAACAAGAAAAAAUUAGAUUAAAAAAGGCCAAACAGAAAUGGAAACAGCAGCAAGAUAUAAAAAGGGCUCAGGAAGCUGCUAACCGGCCCCCGGCCCUACCCCCUCGUAACCAGGACCACGAUCACCGUAGAUACAGACGCAACAGUUUUAUUCUCUCCAUGGAGAACGGAAACGAGGACGAUGAUCAUCAUGAUAUUAGCCCUCAUAGUCAGGGCUCUUCAGAAGAUUAUUUAACUCCUAUGCAAGCUUCUGAGGAACACAGACUUCAGUCCUCUCAAGGACAAAGAUCAAACUCAAACCGAAAUGUGCAAAGUGAUAUUUCUUUAAACAAUUCUGUUCCGACCCGUGAGAUUAAACAAAACAAACAAAAUGUGCAAAAAGUUAGAAACAAUAUUCAUGGAGGUAGAAAUGAACAGAAUUAUGAUCCGGCUUAUCUCCCGACGCAAGAAAUGCCGGAUGUGGAGAGAUGGCUCGCCUCACAACCUCCGGAUGCAACACGUGGAAGAUUAAGAUCUGAUAAUAGUGAUCAUAUACCAGACUCGCCUUCCCCGCCUGGAAGCUACCAUAGUGAAGAUCCUUUACCAUACCAUGGGAACGGGAGAAUUUCCCGUCACGACACAAGUACUGACAAUAGUUCACACUAUGCUGUUAGUGACCCGUUUAAUUUUAAUAUAGCUGCAGCUAUAGACCCAACUUAUACACGUAGAUCUGAGGCGACCACAGAUAGAAAACAGGUCAUCCAUCCAGUGACCCGACCAUUACCUCAUGAAGAAUGGGUAGAAAUAGAAUGGGACCCUAGUGUAAGUGGAAGUAUACGAGGGGGCAGUUUAUCUAGGUUUAAGGAUUCGAAAAACUUAAAUUACGGAUAUAAAGAUCGUACAAUGAGCACUGUCUCCUCCAGAGAAGAUAGUUUCCACGACGAUGGGCCCGGAGUUGUCUCCCCUUUUGUUCCAGUUCAAGGUCAGAGAAGAAACAUGGGUGAAAGGUCACAGAAAGGUCGCAAACCAAAUCCAAGUCAGAUGACUGACAAACAGAAAAACAGUUGCAAACAGCAGUGAAAAUGUUCUGUACUGUAAACAUGUUAAGAUCUUAUUCCAUAGGGUAAAUUUUGGUAUGACCUUGACAAACAUUUAACAAAACAUGAAACGUCGGCAAUCUUGAAUAUGUGUACAAGUUUAUGCCAUAUUUUGUGAUAUACUCAACUGCUUCAUGUACAUGUGUGUAUUCUUGUGUAAUGUCAAUGUGGCUUAACCUUAAUUCUGCUGUUAUUGUGUGUGACACAUUUACACUUGUCCAGCUGUAUAGUUAAAAUUAUUAACUUAUUGUUAACUUACACUAUAUUGCAUUAUCCAAAUACAAAAUUGUAAUGUUAAGCAACCAGCAAUACAGCAUAAAUGUUCUGAUUGGCCUGAACUUACACUGGUGGUAGAGCCCAUUGAUUUUGCUAAAGUAUUGGUGUUACAGACUGACCACCCUAAUGGGCACUAUAACAAACUAAAAAAAUUGACAACAUAAGUCAGUUAUAUGCCUUAAAGGACAUCUGCGUGCAAAAUUUUAACAAAAUUUUCUAUUCAAUUUGCAAGUUAUGGACAUUUUUCUGAUUAAAAGCUUGGAUAUUAGAAGGGCCCUUUUUCAGGAAUCAAAUUAAAUUAAAUACUCUUCAAAGUAGAGGAAAGAAUUGGAAAGUCACCAUAUUAAUUUAACAGUGGUGGGGUGACAUAAAAAUCAACAAAUUAGUAAGUUGAAAUACUAUUAAUCAGUUUAAAAAUUUUUAUGAAAGAUCUUGAAAUGCAAGUGAAUAUCAAGUUAUCUUUUCAUAUACAUAAGUUUUUCAUUUGCAUAAAUAUUUCGCCUAUCAGAUUUAUUUUAUUGGUCUAAUACAUGGCCUAUUUUGCAUUAUAUCAUUAGAUUUCUCCGCAAAAUUUCUUUGAAAACUUACAAUUUUAGAAAUAUUUUGGUACACUGCUCCCAUAUUUGGAAAAAAUAAGAUAUACAGUCCAAUCUCGAUUAUUGUAAUUUUCUUUGUUCACUCCACAAUAUUUACUUUUCAAUAUAUUUUUAAAUUUUUACAUGAAAAUUUGCAUGAAUCUGGAGGCAUGCUCCGUUAACCUUAUAACCUGAAAACUUUAAGAGUUAUAAAAUGGUUUAUUGUCAAUCUCAACCUAUAGAUGUAACAUUAAGGUUUUUGAAAACUCUAGCACUAAUGAGAUAUAUUUCAGUCACAUUCCAUACACGUUUAAAUAUAAAAUCAAGCAUAUCAAAUUGUAUGUUCAGGUAUAAAAGAUAAUUCCACACGUGUCGGUCCUUUUUUACACAUAUAAUAUUUUUUACCAACACAUAUAAUAUAAUUUUUACACCAUGUAUCGUGUUUGUUUUAGGGACCAGUUUUAAGAACCUGUAUUGAAAUGUUUUUUAUUUAUUCGUAGUAACAAUUAUUACUAAGUUUUGCUGCUUUGAACAUUCCCCCGGAAAAUCUUUUUUUUUUUUUUUCUAUGAAAUUAUUCCAAUUUUAAGGUGAAAUUAGGUUUACAAUGGGCACAUUUUCCAUUAAUAUUUUUCAAGUAUUGAUAAAAUGAGCCGUGCCAUGACAAAACCAACAUAAUGGGUUUGCGACCAGCAUGGAUCUAGACCAGCCUGCACAUCCGCGCAGUCUGAUCAUGAUCCAUGCUGUUCACUUACAGACCCUAUUACAAGUACAGAAACUGACAGCGAACAGCAUGGAUCCUGAUCAGACUACGCAGAUGCGCAGGCUGUUCUGGAUCCAUGUUGGUCGCAAACCCAUAAUGUUGGUUUUGUUGUGACGCGGGUCAAAUGAUAAUAUUAAUGGAAAUGGAUCAAUUGGAUAUUCUUAUAAAAUGCUGCAUAAAAAAAAUUAUGUUGAUAAAGUUCUAAGUGAUUUAGAAUGACCUUUUAUCUGAUGAAUUAUAAUAUUUUAUUCUAGAACAUUCUAUUUAUUUAUUUGAUGAAUUAUAAUAUUUUGUUCUAGAACAUUCUAUUGUCUGCUAUAUAAAUAUAAGUAAUAUCGGAUCAUGUUUCUCACACUUACCAAAAUCAUACAUACAUGUAUAUGAUUCCUAGAUGGGUUGCUGUUUUGUCUAAUUAAGAAAUAAUAUAUCCCAAAUGGUGAUUUUAUCGCUCAAUAAAAGCACUGUUUGGAGUUGGGAUGCCAGGUAUUAAAUCACGAGGGCAUAGCCCAAGGAUAUAAUGAUGCACAUCCGAACGACAAACAGGGAUUUUAUCAAGCGAUAAAAUCACCGAUUUGAUUAUAUUAUUUCGAUUCUAACACGACAUCAUCAAAUAAAUGCUGUUGUACCUGAUAUUAAGCUAAAUUGCGUCUGAUUUGUUUAUGUACCUAUUUUAAGCACGUCACAUAUUUAGUGGUUACAUCACAUAUAUAAUGAUUAAGUCACAUGUCUAAAUAAUUAGACCGUCAAACAGUAAUUUUAUUGCAUAAUAACACACUCUUUCGGUUCUUCCAUGUUCAAUAGGGAAAAAUGCAGGUUGUGUUAGAAUAGUAAAUACUGGCAACGUAAUUAUUCAUUGUAUUACAGAUUUUCCAGUAAAGAUGAGUUCACUUGAACAUUUUCCAUUGCAAACAUAGUUUGUAACUAUAUUAUUUGUGACCUCUGGUACUUAAUAAGAUUUUAAGUCUUAGGUGACACCAAGAAACUCAUAUAUCAGGUAUAUUUUCUUCUCUGCUGAAUAUAUAACUCUACAGAUUUUUCUCAAUUUACUUACUUAUAAUGAGCAUGAUAGAAUUGUCAUAGAUAUUAAUUUUGUCUGUCAAUUGAAAACUUGAUUUGUUAAGCAUAUGAAAAAUAUAGGUUAACUUUGACCAAUGUAAACGCAGGUCACAUGGAAAUACGCCAUUGCCGGCCCGUUGUCAUAAGAUCAGUGAUUAUCUGAGUUUAUAUAGUUAUGUCGAGUACAUGUAAAAUGUUUUCCUGAAGAUAUUUUUGUGUCCCCUCUACGGAGUAGUGGCGACAUAUAGGGAUCACUUCUCCGUCGUCUGUCUGUCCAUCUGUCUGUCUGUCCGUCCGUCUGUCCGUCCGUCACAAAACUUGUCCGGACUACUGCUCAUAAACUACUGGUGCAAUUUCAUCCAAACUUUACAGGAAUGAUCAGUACCAAGUCUAGUUGUGCAUAUUGUCAGCAUUUUCCGGUUCAGUGAUUUUUGUCAGAGUUAUGGCCCUUUAAUAAUUUUUAAUUUUAAAGUUUGUCUGGACUACUUCUCUUAUACCACUAAUGCAAUUUCAAUGAAACUUUACAGGAUUGAUCUGUAGCUCAAGUCCUUGCGCAUAUUGCACGGGUUUUCCGGUUGAAUGAUUUUUGGCCCAGUUAUGGCCCUUUGAUAAAAAGGUCUUUUUUUCUGUGUGUUGCCAGAUACACAAAAGCUUGUCCGGACUACUCCUCAUAAACUACUGGUGCAAUUUUAUCCAAACUUUACAGGAAUGAUCAGUACCAAGUCUAGUUGUGCACUGUCCGUCUGUCUGUCACAAAAUUUGUCCCAACAUGAAAUUUGCCAUCAUGAGGCGACACAUGUGAUUACUGAUUGCUCUUGUUUUAAGAAGAGAUUGAACUUGAUGUUAUUAUUCAGACAUUUAAUUGAUUUGAUAUAUGACUUGUGAUAUGAUAUAAUUAUGAUAAAUUUGUGUAAAAUAUUAUCUUUUUUUUUUUAAGGUUUGGUUGAAUAUAAUCUGUACGAAAAUAAAUAUACCGAUAUGUAAUAUUUUGCAGUGUUAUGUACUUUAUAUAAUUGUAAAAUGGCUCAAUGGUGCAUAUCUUAUCUACGGUAUAUAAAAUUAAUGGUAGUUUAAUUUUGUGAAUUUGAUUUUACGGUAAUAUUGAUAUGUUAUAAAGAGAAUCAGUACAAUUCUAUGAUGUGUAAAAUUACGUAAAAACAACAAUUUAUGUUUUUUUUAAACAUGUCGAGAUUAAAUAUGCAAAUCAUGUUAUCUUUUUUUGUUUUUGUAUUACCUCUGUCAGCUUGAAUAUCUGUCUUAAGUGUUGCUAUGUUUCUGUAUAAGUUAAGUAUCAUGACUCAUUUUAAAUGUCAAAUUACAGAAAGAAUAUCAUUCCAGUGAUGGUUCAUGCUAAAUUUUUAAGAAAAUUCGAAAAUGUAUUUUAAAGUUAAAUAUUGUGAAGUGACAAAAGAAAGUAAUUUGUACAUUGCAAUCGGCACUUACAAUCCACGAAAUUACCAAAGAGAGGUCAAAAUAUGCAAAAAUAGCUCUUACUGUGUUAGUCGGGCAGUAAAAAUCUGGUUUAAUACUGCAAAGUCAGUCUUUUAUCGCAUAUAGUAGAUUAUUACUUGAAUUUUGACUGUCUCUUUAUACAAGAGUUUUCUUCUAUAGAUCGUGAUAUCAUAAAAUUUGUAAGAGUAUUUUUUGUGAUGUGGCAGUAACUGUUGUAAUGUCUAUAGUGUUUGAAAUGUGAAGUAAAGUUUAAGAAUUUAUCAUAUGUCUACGUUUUUUGACUAAAUAUUUUGUAGCACACUUUUUUUUACAUAAUAUCACCUCCACUGUAGAGUUAGUUUAUAUUUAGAAGAAAUAAAAAAUCAUUGUUAUACGAUAUUAAAGAAUAUGAUCUGUUCUUAAGAAGAAACGCAACAUUCUAAUUACUCAGGGUUGUAGGGUUAGAAAAUUGCAUUGUGGUUAGUGUUAAAGGGACUGUACUGAGGUCUUUUGUCAUGAUGGGACUGGAAAUAUUUUUUUCGAAAUUAAUGUUCCAUUUGAUGUAAUACUAGAUAUACCACUAACUUGAGUGCAAAAUGUUAGAUUGUAAUUUUUUGUUUAGUUACUUUUUAGCUCACCUGUCACAAAGUGACAGGGUGAGCUUUUGUGAUCGCUUUUCGUCCGGCGUCCGUCCGUCGGCCGUCCGUCCGUCCGUCCGUAAACUUUUACUUUAAAUGACAUCUCCUCAUAAACCAUUAAGCCAAUUUCAUCCAAACUUCACAGGAAUGUUCCUUUGGUGGUCACCUUUAAAAAUUGUUCAAAGAAUUUAAUUCCAUGCAGAACUCUGGUUGCCAUGGCAACCGAAAGAAAAAACUUUAAAUAUCUUCUUCUAAAAAAGCCUAAGAGCUAGAGCUUAGAUAUUUGGCAUAAAACAUCUUCUAGUGAGUGUCUACCAAGUUUGUUCAAAUGAAAUCCCUGGGGUCAAAAUUGGCCCCGCCCUAGGGGGUCAUUGAUUUUCCCUAUAUGCAUAUAGUAAAAACUUAAAAAUUCUUCUUUUAAAGAACCCAAAGAGCUAGAGCUAAGAUAUUCAGCAUGAAACAUCUUCUAAUGAGUGUGUACCAAGUUUGUUCAAAUAAAAGCCCUGGGGUCAAAAUUGGCCCCGCCCCAGGGGGUCAUUGAUUUUCCCUAUAUGCAUAUAGUAAAAACUUACAAAAUCUUCUUUGAAAGAACUCAAAGAGCUAGAGCUAAGAUAUUCAGCAUGAAACCUCUUCUAAUGGGUGUCUACCAAGUUUGUUCAAAUAAAAGCCCUGGGGUCAAAAUUGGCCCCGCCCCGGGGGUCAUUGAUUUUCCUUAUAUGUGUAUAGCAAAAACGUAAAUAAUCUUCUUUGAAAAAACCCAAAUAGCUAGAGUUUAGAUAUUAAGCAUGAAACAUCUUCUAGUGAGUGUCUACUAAGUUUGUUCAAAUAAAAGCCCUGGGGUCAAAAUUGGCCCCGCCCCGGGGGUCUUGAUUUUCCCUAUAUGCAUAUAGUAAAAACUUUAAAAAUCUUCUUUGAAAAAACCUAAAUAGCUAGAGUUUAGAUAUUUGGCAUGAAACAUCUUCUAGUAAGUGUCUACCAAGUUUGUUCAAAUAAAAUCCCUGGGGUCAAAAUUGGCCCCGCCCCAGGGGGUCAUUGAUUUUCCCUAUAUGCAUAUAGUAAAAACUUAAAAAUUCUUCUUUUAAAGAACCCAAAGAGCUAGCGCUAAGAUAUUCAGCAUGAAACAUCUUCUAAUGAGUGUGUACCAAGUUUGUUCAAAUAAAAGCCCUGGGGUCAAAAUUGGCCCCGCCCCAGGGGGUCAUUGAUUUUCCCUUUAUGCAUAUAGUAAAAACUUACAAAAUCUUCUUUGAAAGAACUCAAAGAGCUAGAGCUAAGAUAUUCAGCAUGAAACAUCUUCUAAUGGGUGUCUACCAAGUUUGUUCAAAUAAAAGCCAUGGGGUCAAAAUUGGCCCGCCCUGGGGGUCAUUGAUUUUCCUUAUAUGUGUAUAGCAAAAACGUAAAUAAUCUUCUUUGAAAAAACCCAAAUAGCUAGAGUUUAGAUAUUAAGCAUGAGACAUCUUCUAGUGAGCGCUACAAAGUUUGUUCAAAUAAAAGCCCUGGGGUCAAAAUUGGCCCUGCCCCGGGGGGGUCUUGAUUUUCCCUAUAUGCAUAUAGUAAAAACUUAAAAGAUCUUCUUUGAAAAAACCUAAAUAGCUAGAGUUUAGAUAUUAAGCAUAAAACAUCUUCUAGUAAACGGCUACAAAGUUUGUUCAAAUAAAAGUCCUGUGGUCAAAACUGGCCCCGCCCCAGGGGUGUCAUUGUUUUUAACUAUAAGUGUGUAGUAAAAACUUAAAAAUCUUCUUUUAAAAAACCCAAUGAGCUAGAGCUUAGAUGUUUAGCAUGAAAUAUCUUCUUAUGGAUGUCUACAAAGUUUGUUCAAAUAAAAGCCCUUGGGUGAAAAUUGGCCCUGCCAGGGGGGGGGGAAGGGGGGGAAGGACCGGACGGGGGCGGGUGAGAUCAUUGUUUUUCAUUACAUGUGUGUAGUUAAAACUUAUUAUUGUGAAACAUCUUCUAAUGAGUGUCUUCCGAGUUUGUUCAAAUAAAAGCCCUGGGGUUUAAACUGGCCCCACUCCAGGCCUAUAAAGGUGAGCGACCUCAGGGCCAUCAUGGCCCUCUUGUUUGCAUAUAUUUUUGUUUUAAGUACUCCCCUACCCCCUCCCCCCCCCCUCCCCCCGUAAGAAAUGUAAAUUUUAUCUCUUUAAGCUUUUCGACCUCAGUGGAGUCCCUUUAAGUAUAAAAUUUAAAUGAAAAUAACAGUAAAUUUUAAGAAUGGAAACAGCAUUGUUCUAGAUAGGUUCUAGAUUAGCUGUUUAAAAGGGGGGGGGGGAAGCAACAACAACAAAACUGAUACUGUAUGUUUUAUAUUGGUAUUUGUUAUAAGUUCGUAUAUGUUUUGUUGCAAAUAGGUGCGACACCUGAAAGCAGAUGCCAGUCAUGGUAGUUAUUACGCUCCUAGAAAAAAUUUCGAGGGAAGUAUAACAUAUGUUUACUUUAUCUUUGAUCAAAAGUUUAUUUACUUGUUUAAAUGCAUGUAACAAUUGUAUGUUUACACUUUUUCUUGUGCCUGAAGUGCAAUUUAUUUUAAAUUAGCAAGUUUAUUAUUAUAUUUAUAUAUCCUAUAUUUUUGUAUGGUAAUUCAUUAUAAACAUCAGAUUAUAUUUACACUAUCAUUGGUUGAUACUGAGUGAUGUCAUAGAAUGUCUGCAUGAUGUCAUAGUUGGUUGUUAAGUAAAUGUGUUCUACAUGGUUAUUUCAUCAUAGUGUCAGAUUUGGUUGUUAUGGUGACUUUUGUGUCAUAAAUUGUUUGUAUAUGUUUUAAUGUCAUGGUUAAGUUGACAUUAUUAUACAGCAGUGGUUUAGUAUAACAUGUUGGUUUGUAACAUUGUCAUGCCAUUUGUGAGUAUGAUAAUAUAAUGUCAUGGUAAUUACAGGAUCUUGAUAAUUGUCAUAUUUUUUUGAAAAGCCUGGCUGUUUUUAUAUUUUUUCACAGCUGUUGUGACAUUAAAUUGUUAUAAUCCUUUCAGUAUUGAGCAUGAUAUAUGCCAUGAUUGAAUGUCACAUUAAUAUGCAAUGAUUGAAUGUCACAUUAAUAUAUGCCAUAAUUGAUUGUGACUUUAAUGUGUAAUAAUUGGUUGUGACAUUAAUAUACCAUGAUUGAUUGUGGCAUUAAUGUGUCAUUAUUGAUUUGAUUAUGCUAAUGCCGUGAUUGAUUGUUGCAUACAAGUGCCAUGAUUGAUUAUGACAUUGAUGUGGCAUCAUUUUUGGUCACAUUAAAAUAUCAUGUUUUAUCGUGAUCUUAAUGUGACAUGAUUGGAUGUGACAUUAAAAUGUUAUAUGAUUGAUCAGGACAUAUUGAUGUCAUAAUUGAUUGUGAUUUAUAUAUGUUAUAACUGAAUAAGGAAUUUAGCUGUCAUGAGAGUUGUGACUUAAAGGUGUCAUGAUAGAUUUUUGACAUAAAAAUGAUACGAUUGUGAUGAAUUUAAAUCAGAUAGGAUUGAUUGUUGAAUCUAGUGGUAAAUUAUGGCUAUUAUGACAUUAAUUAUGAUGCAAUUGUUAAUGUGACAUUAAGAUGUUAACUUGUUGUGACAUUAAAAAGAUUUUUUUAUGAUUAAAAGUGAUACAGUUACAUCACAGAUCAUCAUAAUGUUAUUAUUUCAUGCUCAUUUUACAUAUUCUUCAAUGUAGAUUUUAUAUACGUCUGAAAGAAUUUUAAGAAAUUUGGACAUAUAAAUGUUAUGCACUUGGUAUCAGAAGGAUUAUUGAGAAAAAAUGUUUCAGAUAAAUUUUUAGAAUGAGUUGUUCACUAAUUUAAAUAAUAUUUUUGAUUUCUUAAACAAAUUUGCAUUCGGGCGUAUAUUGCCCAGCCUUUGUGGUGCUUUUCUUUGUAAACAAUUUGUUAAUUUGUGUACAAGUUUAACUUUUUAUUUAAAGUCAAUAUGUUUGUAAAUGAAAACCGAAAUAAUGAUUAUUUCUUACGUAAAUUGCUUGAAAGUUUAUCAUUCAUAUAAAUAAUUGAAUAUAUUAUCAUUCAAAAUGACUGUCUCUAUAUUUUUGCAUGACUUUUAAUGUGUUUUUUCACUUUAUCUUAAUGUGCUUGACGGGUCAGGUAUUUUGUAUACUAUUUUCCAUAUACUUGUAUUAUAUAAAAGUUUACAUUACAUUUGUUUUAACUUAAAUUUGAGCUGUGCCAUGACAAACCAACAUAAUGGGUUUGCGACCAGCAUGGAUCUAGACCAGCCUGCACAUCCGCGCAGUCUGAUCAGGAUCCUUGCUGUUUGCUUACCAACCCUACUACAAGUAGAGAAACUGAUAGCGAACAGCAUGGAUCCUGAUCCGACUACGCAGAUGCGCAGGCUGGUCUGGAUCCAUGCUGGUCGCAAACGCACUAUGUUGGUUUUGUUGUGACGCGGCUCAUUUCUUAAAUGUGUCUUUGCACUUGCCUUUCUAAGGAAGUCUUUGCACUUUCCUUUCUAAGGAAUUCAGUAUAUUUGAAGACAUCUAGAUCUUAGACUUGUCGCUGAAAAGGAUAUAUGACCACUUAUGGUCCUAUUAUGGACUUGACCUAUAAGUUCUAUUUUCAAAACUUAAAUACAGACAUAAUUUAAUAUGACAUUUAUGAAUAAAGUCCCAUAUUUGUGAGGAAAAUUGCUGGAAACAUUUUUUUUUCACACCUGUGCAAAAACUGUUGCAAUUGUAUGUAAUGUUUAAUGAAAUGAUAAUUGUUUUUGUGGUCCGGCAAACCAUCUUCAUUAAUGAAUGGCCAGUGAGUUUAGCUAAUGUUAUGAAGAAGAAGAAUAAAGAAGCUUAAUUCUUUCAUGAAUCUCACAAUAUACAGUAGACAAAGCCAUUAUAGCUCAUAGUCACAUUUUUAGUAUAUACACUUAUGAAUUAAUAUUGACAUUAGUCAACAAUAAAGUUGUCAAUAUUAAAAGUAAACAAAAUGUAUGUAAAAAUAGUAAGAUGCAAAAAAACCAACAGAAUACACAACUCUUUCAAGCUUUAAAUGCAUUUGAUUAGUAAUUACUUUCCUUACAUUUCAAAAUAUCUAAUACAAAAGAAUAUGUCUGAGACUGGAAAAAACAAUUAGUUGUGUUCCUAAAAAUGCAAUUGUUUUAAAAAGAUCUUUUUUUGUUCAUAAUUGAAUCUUAAAUUACCAUUUAUUGUACGACACAAAACUAUUGUUUAUGGUCUUGUUGGAAAAUAUAACUAAAAUGAAGUUUUAUUUUAACAAGUCUAAAAUACAAUGUAGUUUAUUGGAUAUUUUUUUAAAUGAUUACAUGUAUAAUACUAUGUUUUGCUUAUUACAAAUUGUUAUGAAUUUGAAUAAAAUAUGCUAAAAUUA